UCGCACCGUUGCAUACGUGUCUACCAAUAGCUACGUGUCUGUCAAUCGUAUGAUUGCAACAAGCGUAGCACAGUCAUAAUUACGCGACGACACUUACGGCCAUUUAUCAUCACGAUCAUUAAACAGUUUUCUCGUGGUAAUAAAUAAUACGAGUUCGACGCGAUACAUCGGCAAUAACCUUGCAUGUCACAUCGUGCCGUUUAUGAACAGCCGCGAUGACCCGCCCAAUGUGAUCUCUGAGCACGACGACUACGAGAGGGCGAUCUCGAUGGAUCGUCAUCUGUCCGCUAUUCCUAUCGCCGUCGACGACGACAGUUGGCAUCGCAAAGUAUACCAGUCCCGCAACAACAGUUUGGACGUCGCGCACGACGACGCUUAGCGUCUUGUUUCGACGAGUUGUCAUGUGCCCAACGAUCGAGAUCGUGACGAUCUGAAGGACACCGAGUAACGGCCUUCAACGGCAGCAUCGUCAACGAUGGCGAGCCCCGUCGUUGGCGGUAACCCGGAAAAUGCCUCCAAGUUCUUGGAGGCUCUGCAGUCGGACCUCAAGGUACUCGCUUCGGAGACCAAGAAGAAGUAUCCGCAGAUCAAGGAAUCAUGUGAGGAAGGAAUUGCAAAAUUGAGGGCAGCAUCAAGUAACCCAGGGACACCGAUAUAUUAUGUUAUCAAUCAAAUACUUUAUCCUUUGGUUCAGGGUUGUGAGAGUAAAGAUAUAAAAAUUAUCAAGUUUUGCUUAGGCACGAUGCAGAGGUUAAUAACACAACAAGCAGUAGAUCAGAAAGGUGCACGAUACAUCACAGAUACUUUAUGGCUGUUAAUGGAAUCGGGUACAGAAGAAGUUAAAGUUUUGCAGACAGUAACUUUACUACUUACUAGUAAUGCUGUAGUACAUGGAGAUACCCUUGCAAGAAAUUUGGUGCUCUGCUUUCGGUUACACUUCACAAAAGACUGUACAACAAUAAACACAGCUGGUGCUACUGUAAGACAAUUAGUUUCCCUGGUAUUUGAGAGAGUGGUUGCCGAGGACGAGCAAAGUCCUGAUCAGCAGGACUCUGAUGAAGUUAAUCUAGAGGAACUAAAAAUUCCAACGAAUCAAGCACCUAAAGGUCUUGGCCCUUGCGCUGCAGAUGCAUACUUAAUGUUUCAGGACUUAGUUCAGUUGGUUAAUGCUGAUCAACCAUAUUGGCUAAUAGGCAUUACUGAGAUGACUAGGACUUUUGGUUUGGAGCUACUAGAAUCUGUUUUAACAAACUUUUCAUCGGUCUUUUUUAAGCAUCCGGAAUUUAGUUUCUUACUGAAGGAGAGAGUAUGCGCGCUCGUGAUAAAACUCUUCUCGCCUAACAUCAAAUAUCGUAAUUCAGUGCCAGCCUCUUUGCAACAGGCUACGCCGUUGGAUAAACCUUACUUCCCUAUCAGUAUGAGACUCUUGCGAGUUGUGUCUAUUUUGAUACAGAAAUAUCAUUCCUUGCUGGUGACAGAGUGCGAGAUAUUCCUAUCGUUGAUUGUGAAAUUUUUGGAUCCUGAUAAGCCCACUUGGCAGAGAGCUUUAGCACUGGAAGUUUUGCACAAAAUGACUGUGCAGGCAGAUUUGCUGACAAACUUUUGCGAAUGUUACGACUUAAAACCUCACGCUACAAACAUUUUCCAGGAUAUCGUCAAUAGUUUAGGCGCUUAUGUACAUAGCCUCUUUGUGAACCCACAGAUGAUGAGCCAGACAGCAACGAGCACAACCGUACCUCAAGGCACAGGAUCGCCAUUAUUCACAGCAAUGCCGAUCGGACCCGGCGUGUCACCCCAACCUGGGUUCUAUUCGCGCGGCAUCUGGUUACCAGUAGUAGCAACGUUUACAAGCGGACAAGCCAAACCAACUUAUUUGGAAAUGCUGGACAAAGUCGAACCGCCACAAAUACCAAUCGGUUACGGAAUCAGUAUAGCUUACGCGUGCCUAUUAGACAUCAUAAGAUCGAUCGCGCUGGCCAUAAAUGGAACGUCGAAGGAGGAUAACGGCGAGGAUCAAACUUAUCAGCCGGACGAAGCCGAACGAAAGCUUCAUGUACAAUUGAUCAACUCGAGUUGGUGCGGACUAUUGGCAGCUCUUAGUCCGUUAAUAGACGCCAGCACGGACGAGUCCGCAACGGAAAACGUCUUGAAAGCGAUCCAAACGUUCGCGUCGCUUUGUGGCCAAUUGGAGCUGCAAGCACCGCGCGACGCCUUCAUCACCGCGAUUUGCAAGGCCUCAUUGCCGCCUCAUUACGCAUUAACGGUACUUUACAACGCACCUCAAGGUAUACCGACCGCGAGACAGCAAGACUCUUCGCAGUACAACCUGACUAUGGGCGAGCCGGAUUACAGGCAGCAAGUGGUCGCCGUUGGCACGCCGUUGCCAACGGCGUCCUUGCCAAUCGGCGCACAUCAAGGCCCUGUGAUGUUGACCGCGAAAAACUUGCAAUGCAUGCGCGCAUUGUUAUCGUUGGCUCAUUGCCAUGGCAGCAUACUCGGCAGUGCGUGGCACUUGGUACUUACCACUCUUCAACAUCUCGUUUGGAUACUUGGUCUCAAGCCAUCUACCGGAGGAUCGCUGAAAGCUGGGAGAACUGCGGCCGAUCCAAAUGCCGUGCUUACGAACGCUGUUAUGGCGGAUUUGCCAGUACUCAGCGCUAUGCUCAGUAGAUUAUUUGAAAGCAGUCAACAUCUAGACGAUGUGGCUCUGCAUCAUUUGAUAGACGCCCUGUGUAAACUGAGUCACGAGGCUAUGGAGUUGGCGUAUUCGAAUCGCGAACCGUCACUGUUCGCCGUUGCGAAACUUCUGGAAACGGGUUUGGUGAAUUUACCGCGCGUGGAGGUACUCUGGCGGCCAUUGACAAAUCAUUUGUUGGAAGUUUGUCAACAUCCGCACAUUCGUAUGAGAGAAUGGGGAGUGGAAGCGAUCACGUACCUUGUUAAGAUGGCUCUCCAGCACAAGUACCCGCAACCACUUCGCGAUAAUCAGAAAUUGCAAACAUUACUAUUAGGACCACUAUCAGAGUUAUCGUCUGUGCGUCACGGAGAUGUUAGACAGCGACAAUUGGAGUGUGUUUUACAAGUGCUUCAUGGCGCAGGAGAGACAUUGUAUCAUGGCUGGCCUUUGGUCCUUGGUAUUAUAGGAGCAGUUUCUGAUCAUCAUGGCGAAGCUUUAGUUCGCAUAGCUUUCCAGUGUCUGCAGUUGGUUGUAACGGACUUUUUACCGGCGAUGCCUUGGCGAUGUCUUCCGCUGUGCGUCGAUACAGCCGCUAAAUUUGGAUCACAAACACAAGAAUUGAAUAUCUCACUUACAGCUGUCGGUCUAAUGUGGAAUAUCAGCGAUUACUUUUUCCAAAAUAAAGAGAAAUUAUGUGUUUGUUUACGCGGAGAUUCGUCGUCAGUGUUUCCUGACUUUCCCGGCACGACAAACAUGCCGGCGUUCGACAAACUGUGGAUGUGUCUAUACGCAAGAUUAGGGGAUUUAUGCGUCGAUUCGCGACCUGCUGUGCGCAAAUCAGCGAGUCAGACUUUAUUUUCUACUAUAUCCGCGCACGGUAGCUUGUUACAUCAACCAACAUGGCAAGCGGUGCUUUGGCAAGUGCUAUUUCCAUUGCUAGACAAAGUGAGAAGUCUGUCUAAUUCGGCUAGUAGCGAAAAGGUCGACACUAGUGGAAACAUACUUAUUCAUCACAGCAGGAACACAGCACAAAAACAAUGGGCGGAAACACAGGUUUUAACGUUAAGCGGCGUAGCUAGAGUGUUCAAUACGAAACGUCAACUGUUACAAAUGUUGGGAGAUUUUCCUAGAGCAUGGUCGCUGCUGCUCGAAUUCAUAGAAAACUCCGCACUCAGUAAGAAUAACGAGGUAUCCUUGGCAGCGUUGAAAUCGUUCCAAGAGAUUCUCUAUCUUCAGAAGGGAAGCGACAAUACCGAGGUAAUUCAGUCGAACGACUCGGAAGGCCUGUGGGUCGUAGCGUGGCGCGUGUGGCUCAACAUCGGGAUGGAGAGCACUACUCCGCCGCAGGAGAGUGACACCGAGCCUUACGUGCCAUCGCAGGCGUUCCUCACCGCGCUGGUGCACAUAUUCCCGGCCGUUUUCCAGCAUAUUAGAAACAAGUUCACCGGACCCGAUCUGCAAAAAUUAUGUAUCGUACUGAAGAACGCGGUAGCCGUUCCGGUACACGGCGAGUCGACGCCUUACAUCGUGCCGUCAGUGCCGGACGUAGUUCUCACUCACUUGCAGGACGGAGUGCUGCAUUCUAUGGAGCUUCUGCAAAAGGAAGCGUUAAACGGCCCCGACAACUUACGGACGAUGAUCGUGCUAAUAUUCCUUCAGCUACUGAGCUUUUCGAAGCUGGCAUGCGAGGCGCCCAUCUACGGUAAAAUACCAACGAAACACAUCUCCCAAAUUAGAGGCGUGUCUGUGCGUACUUGGACUUCACAACUUGGACUUGUGGCUACCGAUUGGGUCACGAUGAAUUACGUUCCGUUCGGCGAGAAAGCGCUAUCGAUGGUCGUGAGCUUGUAUCAGAAGACCGCGCACGAGAUGGCUGUGAUCGACGGCCAGGUUCUGAAGCACAUCGUGGAAGCGCUGCAUGUGCCGUUGUCUAUGAAAUACGCGUGUCCAUCCGCGACUACGUGGAAGUUGGCCGUUACCAGUCUACUAGCUGUUCUGCACACCGGGCUGCCGCUCGCCAGGAAGUAUCCCGAGCAAUUCCAGAGUAUGUGGCUCGAACUGGCGAGCACGUUGGAUGAUUUCUUGUUCCCCAAAAGUGUGCUGAAUGUAGAACGCGGGGUUGAAGAAAUCCAGGCCGACGAGGCAGUCGACUGUCAGGUUAUGGAAUUAUUGAGGGACGAGGUAUUACCACACUCUCAACAUAUACCUCAUCAGUUUAUACUGAGAGUCGUUAUGCUCUUAAAUAAGGGUUCCAUACAUUCAGCUACCACGGCGAAUAUCGAAAAUGGCGCGGAAACGAAGUUGCGUGAGGAAUUUGCGAAAACAUGCUUCGAGACUCUCCUGCAAUUUUCUCUGUUGGAUGGAUUAAACAAUGACGCGGAGAAUAGCCCGAAGAGGAAUCCAGAAAACGAUGAAGGUGGAAUCGCUGGGCGAUUGGCGGUUACGGCACUUUUGCACAGAUUUCAAGAAGUUCUCCGGCGAUAUAUCGAGAGCGAAAGGCGAAGCGGGAAGUGCCCGCUGCCUAGGUACAGAUUGUCGGAGAUAUCGUUUGUCCUGAAAGCUGUCGCUACUCUCGUAGUGUCCCUCAAGAAAGCGCCACCUAAUAAAGUCGAAAGAUCAGUGUGGGAGCAACUGAUCGGACUAUACCCAUGCUUGGUGGAAUGCACAAUAGCGACAACUUCUGGACAGGUCUCCAGGUCGUUACGGGAGGCCCUGCUACAAUAUCAUGAUUUAUUGCGGGCGCCGGUUCACAGCAGCACGCCGACCUCCAAUGGUGUUUGACCAAUACAUUCGUUUCUUUUAACCGGUAGCACGAACUUGCGCUAAAUAAGCUGAAGCAUGGGGUGAGUAAUUUGCUUGUGUAACACUCUGACGCGCGGCAAAAUAUGCGAAUACCGAUUUUACAUAGAGAACACAUCAUUCUUUUGCCGUAUAGUUACGCUCAAAGUAGAAUAAAUAUCGCGUUUGGAUUCUUUAUUUCAAGUGCGAUCCCGGUAAUCUGGUAUAGUCGCCUUCGUGAGAUAAUGUAGAUCAUUGUGAUUUAUUCCAUUCACAUUUGCCGACACACUAUUUUUACGCCGUUGCAGUACAAUAAUCAAAAUACGAACAGAAUUUCUAGAUCGAUGCUCUUAGUGGGGAAUUUUAUAUGAAUUUACGUAAUCUUUCUCCCUUCUUUCGAUUCAUAAUCAUGUUGAGUAACAGACAUCUCUUUGCGAAAUUUGCGCUGUUAUGAACGCAAUAGUAGUGCGAAGGGCAUCCGUAGGGUCGUUAUGCAGAUUAAAUGAAAGAUAGAUACGAGGACAAAUGUUGCGAAAGAGGACUUGUUACUUUGUGUAUUUCCACUGGAGAGUAGGAAUCACUGUGUUCCAAUAGUGCAACUAGUAGUUUGUUACUAUCUUUUCGAGUAUAUGUGAAGAGAAAUGCUGUAUAUAUAUAUAUCUGCAGGGAAUGUACAAGCCAGCUUUUCUAAUUGGUGUUGUAAAUAUUAUACGAAAUAUAUAUAUAUUAUACAUAUUAGAGAGUGCAGGUACCAGGCGAUUUUAUAAAUAAUAUAUGAAACUUUAUCAUUAUCUACUAUUCUUACAAAUUGCGUGGCGCCGUAAGUUAUAUAUUACCAAAAUGUAAAUAAAUCUAUGAAGAUUAAAUAAAACCCUGGGGCGGCUGUUAUUUUCUCUCUUA